GCUCAAAUGUGCUUAGCCUGUAAGUCGAACUGUCUCGAAUCUGGGCUCGAUCGAUCCGCUUCAACAUCAGCCAGAAAAUUCUCGUUGUAUUCUAUUCAGUCAUAAAUAUUUCCCUCCUAAAUCAAAAGACAACUGCAUCAGUCCCUAAGAUCGAAUCCACUGACAGGUCCAUCUAAGAUGGCAAGCAGAAGUCAGGGCCGUUCACCCCGUCGUAUACCGGAAGGAAGAGGGCCGUAUGGGGUUGGAUGCGGAGAUAUCAUGGCUGGUCUUUCUACAUCGGGGGUGUUCUUCCGGCUGUUCUACCCGAUGGAGAAGGUUCCAGGUGGCCCCCCUAAGAAAGCAAGGCCCCCUUGGCUCCCAGGCACCCAGUAUGCCAAGGGUUAUGGGGCAGUUGUGGGCAAGAAGCUUGCUGGGGUAACCCUCAAGUGGCUGCUAUCGAAAGUCACAUUGCCUGUCUGUUGGCACGGUAAACUGAGUGAUUCCAAGACCAAGUAUCCAGUCAUCAUCUUCAGCCAUGGACUUGGUGGCUGUAGGACAACAUACACCAGUAUAUGUAUGGAUAUUGCAUCUCACGGAUGUAUUGUAGCAGCGGUGGAACACAGAGAUCAAUCUGCUUGUGCAUCGUUCAUCAUCAAUAACAACAAUAGCAAUGGAACGGCCAAUGAGUUUGACCAGCAGUGGAUUACAUAUCACAAAGCAGCGUAUGAGGAGCAGGAGCUACGCACAAGACAGGUUAACCAGAGGAAGGAGGAAUGUAUAGCAGUACUAGACUACCUUCAGGAUCUAGAUGAAGGAGAACAUUUAGAGAAUGAUCUUGAUCCAGAUAUGGAUCUUACUGUCUUUCAGGGUCGUAUGGAUUUAAGUGAUGUAGCAGUGUGUGGUCAUUCAUUCGGUGGUGCUACAACCAUUGCCUGCCUGAGUAGAGAUGAUAGAUUCAAAUGUGGGGUAGCAUUCGAUGCAUGGAUGUUUCCUCUGGCUGAAAGUCACCUCAAUGUCAAACAGCCAAUGUUGUUUAUCAACACAGAGAAGUUUCAGUGGAAAGCCAACAUCAAGCGCAUGCUCUCGCUCGUGCCUGACAUCCACGCCUCUUCGGGCCCACGCCGGAUGGUUACCGUUCGUGGAACUGUCCACCAAAGCCAAUCCGAUUUCAGCCUCGUUGUGCCUCAAUUCCUCGCUAAACUAGCCAGCUCUAGAGGACCUCUUGACCCUUACAUGGCCAUGGCAACCAACAAUGAUGCCGCCAUCCGCUUCCUAUCUAAUUACCUUGAUCUUCAGUUUAUUGAUGAGACUGAUGGUUUAGUGUCUUCCAAUGAUGAUCUCAUCUUGAUCGGUACCAACGUCAAUCUCAAAGAAGAUGAGGAGAUCGAGCCUAGGAAGGAGAAUGGUGAGAGACGAGGUUCGCUGAUAAGGAGAAGCUUGCGAUUGAAGCGAAGGAAGUCCCAGCCCCAAAAGGAGACUCAGGAUAGAGAGAACGAAAGACAGGAGAAGACAGAAGAACAGAGAGGAGAUUAAGAUGGAGUGAAAGGUAGACUGACGAUAAAAGAUGGUGUCAAGGAAUAAUUUGAAGAGAUCAUGGAGGAUAAAGCCUUCUAUAAUUUUGCAAUGUUUGAUCAUCGCUGCUCUAAUACAGAUUGUUAUUUUUGUAAAGCAUUUUUUACAUAUCUAUUAUGAUCUAUGUACGAUCUGAUUGAAUUUAUUUAUGAUCGCAUAGAAUGAUUGCCAUAAUCAGUGCAUUAUUGUGUAAUAUCAGAAAUCAUUUAAAUGACAAUGUUUAGGUCCGUGGCAAUGAAUCUGCAGGCACUUUGGCAAUUUGCAUAGUGCAGAGUCUGAGGUAGUGAGACUAGAUUCACUAUGUACUGUGCCUGCCUACACAGACAGAGGCCCGUAUUCUGAAGUCAGGUUUAACUUAGACUGCGGUCGAACUCUGUGCUAAAAUUAUGGGGAGCCAAAAGUUCAAAAAUUCUGUUCAUAUUGUAUAUUUCUUAUGUUUACAAUUUUGUUUCCUUUUGAUUUUGGAUCGGCCUUUUUAUAAGGAUAUUCUUUUCCUUUUUGGCUGCUUCCCUCUCAAUGCUUUUUUAUGUCUUUGAUGUUAUGUAAACUUUGUUCCUAUGUAUUUUACCACAUUUGUGUUCAUUUUUAUGCAGAGAGCAAAAUAAACUUGAAUUGAAUUGAAUUUCAUAAGGAAGAAAAAUACUUCAGUUAUUAUUCCCAGACAAUUAUGAACAAUUUGGGUGUCAUAUGAGUUAAUAAAUUGAAUGUGUACUGUUAGGGCUUUGUGCUCCAAUUGGCUCUCCAUAGUUAAACACAACAUUAAACCUGUGUUUAAUUUAAACCUGAGUUCAGAAUAUGACCCAGAGAGUUUGGCGUCUAGUCUUCACUCUAGACAUGGUAUGAUUGGUUAAGUUGUCAAAUAGGAGUCUGAGCUUGCAGACUACGCGGCAAUCAUGAUGAGUAUGACAAUGUCAUUGCCAAUGAAAAUAAUUGUGUUGAAACCCCCCCCACCCCCACAAAGUGCCAUCUCGUUCUCCAACUUGAAUAUUGAUUAAUAUUGUGGUAAAUUAAUAUUGGGGCAAAAUCCUUCAUUGAUUUUGCCCCCAAAAAUCUAUUCUAUGUUGACUAAUCCCAGACAGCAUGCUCUGACAGAGCAAUUGCUCUGGAAGAGGGUAAAAAAGCUCAUAUCAUCAGGAUGUUUAAAAAACAUUGAUGAUAAUACGUAAUAUAUUAACGUAUGUGCUGGCAACCACCAUCAAAGCAUAUGGUCUGCCAGCGGCAGAGAGAAAGGUGCGUGUUAAAGAGUAUAAGAUUUUGGACUGUUCAAAUUCAAAUGAAGAAGUUUUGUCAUAAAAUCUAAUAUAUCCAUUUCUUCUGUCAAUUCAAAAUGUUUUGAUUAAAAUCAAUGGAAAUGACAAAAAAAUUACUGUGUCACAGAUGAAUUCGUAUUGUGAUACGUUCAACCAUCAUUUCCAAAAUGUAUCUUCGUUUAUAAUUAACUACAUGUAGGUAUAAUGUACCUACCUCUGUAACGAAUGAGAAAUGUUACAAAUAGUGCUUUAAUACUUGUAUUUUGUAGCCUGGUUGCAAUGAAAAUCACUGCCUAGGAAGGCCGUAAUUUAUUCAUUGAACAUUAAUUAACUGAAAUGUGUGAACCUAUUUUCAAAAUUGUUGAUUUUUGUAAAUUACGAUUUUUUUUUAAUGAGCUGCCUUUUUAGCUCAGAGGAGAGUAUUUUUGCAGGGUUGGUUUUCUUUAUAGAGAACUGGAAAUACCCCCGUAAGGGCAAUUUAAUGCAGAGAACAGGUUAUGAAUUUAUUUAUAUAUAAAAGUAUUGAAGAUUGAAGUAGAUAUACAAACCAAAAAAUAGUUUUAUCUACAUUUAUUUUAUAGUAACAGGGUGAUGAGCAAGAAUUGGAGGUUUGGUAGAAAUGAAAAAAAAAAAAAUAAUGAUCCCACUCGCCAAAUGAUUCAGGACACGCUUUCAAAAACCAUGUGAUCUAUAGCAAGAAUAGAUGUAUUGUUAAUUUUGUUAAUAAAUAUGGCAUGGACUGUAAUUAUUUGCAAGUCUUAGGAUUAAUUUUGAAACUAGAUUUGACUUGAAAUUAAUUCAGGACUUUUGAUUUAUAUUAAUAUUAACCUUGCAAUUAAAACCAAGACUUAAGGUCGGUCUUUAAAUUAAGAUUGCUUAUGAUUGAUUGUAAGUUCACUCUAAUCAGACUUGUAAGAAAUAUUUGCAAUCAAUUGCAUUUUUUGUUGUAAUUUUACUAAUUCAAUAUCAGCUGCAGCAAAUCAUUUUCUUUUCUUUGUUUGCAGCAGCUCAGCAAUUAUGAAUUUCCAAUGGAAAUAAAUUAUGACAAUUUUAGGACCCUAAAUAGAUUUGCGAUUGAUUGCAAGAUUCUUGCAACACACAUACAUGUAGACACCUUAGAUUCAGACUUCACACCUUAAUAUCAGAUUUUGAUACUUCCUUAUGAGUGAAUAGAGUUCCCAUGUAGAUUUAAAUUUUCAUUAAAGUUUUGGUGCUUUUUUAUGUCAAAUACCCAAAAUUAUCAGUGACUUUAUUUUUUUCUUAAAUCAAAUACCUUCCUUUACAUGAUACUUGGAAUGAUUUAUAAUACAAUUAAUUUAUGUAUCUUGUUCUCUGUAUCAUUUUUUGUAUUUAUAUAAAAUGAUCCAAAGGUUAAAUGUUCAAGAAUAUGCAAAUAAUUAACAUAGUUGUCAGCGAUAUGCCAGCUGCAGAUCACCAAUGCACACAAGGCAAUGGCACUGACCGCUAAGAUGGGAUGGCGGCACGAUGAUGUCAACGUAUAAAGUCUAUAUACAUCAUCAAGGGCAUUAGUAAGUAUUACAUGCCCAAGGUACCUUUGGAACGGUUCUAACUUGCCCGAGGCAUGGCUGAGGGUAUUUGGAUCGUUUUAGAGGGAACAAGUGUGUGUGUAAUUAUUCUAUUGCCCAAGCAAAAUGAUGCAUAUGAUAAGAAAGUGAUGCAGAUCAUUAUUAUUUGAUAAAACAUCCCUGUAUAAUAACCAAUACUGUUUAAUAGCACUAGUUAUUAAAGCCCUUUUUCACAAUUGGCAGUGCGACUGCUUACAACCGUCGCGAUUCUGUGCAGCUUGUUUUGUGACCAAAUGAUCGCUAACGAUUGUACGAGCAAUUGUGAAAGCCUCUUUGUACCAAUCAAUUGCCACUUUGACUGUUAGGUGAAAUAAAUGACUGAUAGAUUUCAACCAAUCAUUUGAUUAGAAUCUAUUUCACCAUGUUAUACUCAUAUUCAGUAAUCAUACAUGGAAAUGGGGUAGUUGAUUAAACCAGUCAUCUGCGAAUUAAUUUUCUUUCCAACUUUGUACUAGAGGAGGGGACAUAAUAUUCUAUAUUUUUAUGGAAGUAUUGAAAGAUAGUUCUGCUCCAAGUAUUUGAUUUUGUACAUGUACAUGUGUAUACUUGGAAAAAAAAAUUAUUGUUGAUCUACUUAUAUUUUUUUACAUGAUUUUUUCCCCAACUAUUUGUUCACUUGCUUUAUUUUGUUGGAAGGGGGAAGGGUGCCUUAAAAAAAAGUAUAAUGAGUCUCUAAUGUAGAAGCUGUUUAUUUGUUUGAAGUGAAGUCCUUGAAUAUCUACAGUGUCACAUCUAUGUCAUUGGUGUGUUUUAGAAGGUGUUGGUCUGGUCUAUUCUGGUGUUAAUGUAGUCAUGAAGUGCCAAGUGUUACUUUGGUGUAUGUACUUUGUUAAUGUACUGUGUAAUUUAAGAGAUGUUGGCACCUCACUUUCAGUGCUUUUGAUAACAUCACAUAUCUACCAUGUCUACCUAUUUAAUUGUUAUUAGCCACGAUUAAAGCGUGGAAGUGUCGUGGUACAGCGGUUCUGACUCUCGCCUUGCAAUCAGAGGGUCGUGUGUUUGAAUCCCACUUCGGCAUAGCAUCUUUUGACAAGGCGUCAAUCGACACUGUAGCACUCUCCACCCAGGUGAUAAAUGGGUACCUAUACUGUAGGAUACACAAACUUAUGCAGUAUACCUAGCAUUUGAGUCUUGAAACUCUUGUUAAUGCUCCAAAGGGAGUGGAGAAUGUGCAUACAUUGUGUGCGGGCAUGCCAGGAUCCGAUUACUGGGUAAUAAGUAUAAAAAUGCAAAGCAUGUUGAAUGUAAUUAUUUAUUGAGAAUUUUAAAUUUAUUGAUUUGCCAUAGGUACUAUUAAAUGCCUUGACUUGACUUGUCUUGGGUUGAGUUGACAUGCAUGUCUAUUAAUGCUGUACUCUGUUAUUAAACUUUGUUUGAUAUGGAGGUCACCCAAGCAAGCAGGCGACAGUGAUUUUGAUAAUCUUUGUUUUGAAUGAGUCCAACAUCACAAAGGGUCUGACAAAUUAGUAUUAAUUAUUUAUCAAUGUCACAAAAAUUUGAAUUCCAAAGGAAAUUGUAUACUUCUCAGAAUAUUUAUUUGAAUCUAAUUCAAACUAUACAAAAUCAG